ACGUCUCAGCUGUAGACAUUUGCAAUUAAUUUGCUAGAACUCAGUCAAAAAGUUCAGUUUAAAUAUUUAUAUUUUCGAACAUCAUAUCGCUUCUAGAAAAAAUGAAGUUUUUUCUAACACUUGUCUGCCUGCAGUCAUUUCUCAUUGGCGUUCUAUCAGUUCACUCCCAAACAGGCGAUGCCACAGAGACAAGCCCAACUAAUUCAACUCUCAGACCUGCAGAACGAGCUUGCAGCGUAUAUAAAAACAUGCCAGAGUCUCGGAUUUUAGGCGGAAGCGAAGCCUUACGAGGGGAAUUCACAUGGAUGGCGGCUCUGUAUUACAUCCAAAAAUACUCAUUACUGUUUGGAUGUGGUGGUACGAUAAUAUCUCCACAAUUUAUACUUACAUCGGCACAUUGUUUACAUCCCAGCAAGCCUCCAGUUUUAGUUCGUUUGGGAAAAAUAACGCUGAGUGACAACGAAGAUGAUGAUAUUCAAGCUGCAGAUCAUCAAAUAAAGGGAGUAAUUCGUCAUCCAAAUUAUUCCCAACUAACUUAUCAGAAUGAUAUUGGCUUGGUUCAAGUGAUACGAACCAUUAGAUUCACAUCAAACCUUUCUCCAGCUUGUUUAAAUACUGACAUUGGUGAUUUGGGUGAACUCAUUGCUACUGGAUGGGGCAAUACACAGGCUGAACGUUCAUCGGUCUCGGAUAAGCUGCUGAAAAUUCAGUUGAAAACAAUGCCAUUGGGUCAAUGUAAUUCGACUAUGUUACAAUAUAAUCAACUGAUAAAUUCACCACGUUUUCGAAACGGUGAUGGCCUUAAUGAUGGCCAAUAUUGUGCAUUUGAUCCUGAAGGAAAGAAAGAUACUUGCCAGGGUGACGGAGGAUCACCGCUUCAAUAUUUCCCAAGCAAUGAACCAAAAGUAGCAGUGAUUGUUGGCAUCUCAUCGUUUGGCAUAAGUUGUGGAACAGAACUUCCAAGCAUUUACACCAGAGUUGGUUACUAUUUGGAUUGGAUCGAACCUAUCGUUUGGCCAACUGAUCAAUGAAACAUUUUAUUCAAUUAAUUAAAUUGGAUUUUUUUUUUAAAUUUCCGAAAGAAUUUUACACACAUGACAUAAAAAAUGGUCUUUUAAUAAUUCUAUAAUAAUUCAUUUGAUAAUGAAAUAAAGUGAUUUUGAAUUACGUA